AUGUCAGGUGGAGAUGAUAAUGGACUUUUCCCCUUUGACCUGGCGACGGCAGUCGGUUUUUUACAAGCAGCGUCUGCAAAUCGGUUCCUUGACAUUGGCUCUCCGAACUCUGAUGGUGCAAGGAAGAGGCCGCGCAGUACGGCCGCGUCUCGUUGUCUCAAGAAAUCGGCGGUGCUGAAUCAACCAAUGUUUUCAUUCACUGUCCGUGGCCCAAAUUCGCUGCAGCGUCCAGACAAAUCGGCCUGGUUUACGAUUGGAGGUGUCUACGAGUUGAAGUGUGGUGUCACUAGCCCGAUUCGGGAAAAUUAUAUAAGUCGGACAUUGUUGACUUUAACAAGCGAUGAUCCUUUGGAAUGGGCCAAGAUCGAAGCCACCUUUCGCUCCGGGACCCUACUCUCCGGCAAUGCCGCCCCAAAGCAUAUUUUUACCAUGGAUCGACCGUCCCCGAGAACCCAUCGCAACGUCCAAGCCGGAAGACAUUCGAUUGAAUUUACAUGGGAUGCAUCGGGAAACAUUUUUGUAUAUUUGAGGUUUCUCUGUGCCCUCUCCGAUUUAAUAUCAAAUCCAAAGAGCCCACUGCGUCUAAUCAUCCAGACGUAUUUUCUCGAUUCCCCUUCCGUCGUGUAUACAAAAUCGAUUCUGAUCAACACUGUCGGACACCCAUCCAUGCUUGACAACGUCUUGAGUCUUGGUGUCGCCGGCCCAAUCGAUAUCCCAAGCGAUUUCGAGCUCCGAUUUAUCCCCGAAGAUGAUCCUGUGCCCCUUUUCUCCGAUAUUCCUAACGAACAGCCCUCUUUUGACCCGUUAAUGAAAGGCGUUGAUGGCAAUCUUUCAAAUCUGGAAAAGGUCCUACAAGAUACCUUACAUCAGCCGGAAGAACAAACUCUGAUGAAUCAAGGAAACAUCGUCGAUGCUUUAUCAAUGCUAACCAAAAAUAGCUAUUCGACGGUACAAACACCGAGACCUAGAGGGCGACCAAGGAAAUUUCAUUACCCAGAAUACUGCUAUUCAAAAACAGCGUUAGAAAGGGGUCCAGCACAUGCCGGAGAAUUUAGUGGUCCUGCCGCCGAAAUGAUAGCUAUUCAACAAAUGCAAAAGCAAUAUGAGGCGAAUGCUGCCCAACCAGCCCUGAAUUUUAUUGAUGAGAAACCGAUUACGGUAGCCAGCAUCCUGGCGAUGCAAAGCAAUCUGGAAGAAACCGACAAAUAUACUAUCUCCGAGAUGCGAAUGCUUUCUUCUGAAGAAAUAAGGAUAAUUCUGGGGAAUGAUGCUGAAGCCUUCCGGCUUUAUCAUGCAUUAAGAAAGAGAAGGCCCGCGGAAAGAAUAUCAAUAUUUAUUGCACCAAAAUGCAACGAAGGGGAGGAACCAUGUUACGAGAUGCUAAAGUUGUCACCACCUUGUGUAUCUGAGUUAAUCCAUUGUAUAAGACAUAUCAUACCACAAAAUAUCAAGAAAAUAUGCGUCCCAGGCCCUCGUGGGAUCCAGGUCCAUCUGGGUGAUGAGAUGGUAGAAGCAUGGGCGGACAAUUCUGUUUACCGAUACACCAUCUCUGGAGACGUGCUGCUUCUAUGGCCGUUGCCA